GCUUGCAAUUGGGCAGCGUGGGCAGGAAACAAAGCAUUAUUUUUGGCUGUGCGCUGUGUGGCUGGUGAUACCCACACCUUCUUGGGGAAACGGCUGUGCGGGAGCUGGGGGUGCCUGCAGCGGCAGAAAAGGGUGUGCAAGCAGGAGCUGAGGUUCUCGCUGGAAGGACGUCUGCGAGACACUCCAUGAGAAACGGGUGUUCGUCAGUAGGACAGAUCGUAGACAUGCGCUUCCCUUCCUGCUCCUCCUGAACGGCUGAACUUCCUGUUCCAAGUGGCUUUCAUGGCGUCCGCCUCUGAGGAAGGACCGGUGGGGGGGGUCCCUUUCUUCAUCGCAGUGUCCCUGGCCUCUGCCUGCCUUGUGGCUCUCUGCGCAGCCUGCAAAAGGAAAGAUAAGAGCAACCUGUCUUCCCAGGAUGAUGACCAUGAGUUAUUUGAUGAAGCUGCUGGGCUGAGACGGAUGGUGCCCUUGGCAUUUGGAGGAUCGGUUCCCAGUCUGCGGCACGUCAGUGGGAGAGAUUCAGGGGACGCAAACCAAAGACCAGCCUCGCUGGCUCUUCCUUGCCCGUUGAGCGAAGAUGACGGCACGGUGCCCAGUUGCAGUUUCAUCAUCCUUCCUCAGAGGGACCUGCCCACGGUCCCGCCUUCUCAGGAGGAGACUUACUCCAACCUGAACUUCCCGAAACGAGGCGAGGAGAUGCUGUGCGAAUCCAAGAGAGUGGAGGGAGAAGAAAGGAAGAACUGCCAUCCUGGGGCAGAGAAGUUGGUGGAGGAUGCCCCGGGCCACCAGGAGCAGGCAGCUGGACCCAGCUACGCACGUGUUGUGAAGAGGAAGGCGAAUGGCAAGCAACGCUGGGUGGACAUGGGGAAUCCUCAAGAGACCUCUCUCCUCCCAGGCGUGGGGCUGUCUCCACCCACAAAAGGGGUAGAAGAAAUGUACUCGGUGGUGUGCAAAGAUAAAAAGAAGAAAAAAGCCCAAAGUCCUGAAGGAGCUGGUGAACAGAAAGCCCCCCAAGCAGAGGCGAGCCCAGGACCCUGCCAGGGGGCAACGGUCAGUCAGGAGUCAAAUGGCAUUGCAAGUUACCAGUCCUCAUCGUUCCCCGCCGCCACUGAGCCUUGCUAUCAAUCGAUCCAUUGUGAACCCCGGACCAAGGCCGCAAGCCAGCCGGCUUCAGAGCCCGCUUACGAGACCGUAGAGACUUACUGGCACAACGCGAAGAAAAACCCGAAGGCGUCGAAGUGGAAGACGGUGGCCGAAAACCUGUACGAAAGCAUCGACCAGGUGGCCUUUCAGGGGCAAAGCCGCGGCAGAGCAUCCCAUCUCAAAAGCUGACUCUUGGCGUGGCGUUUCCACGGGUCCGAGGGCCUGCGUCCCGCCUGGUGAAAGGAAGUAUUUAAUCUUAAUACUGAAGCUCCUAAGUCUGAGGUCAGGAGAAAUCAGAACUCAACUGCAGGACGUGCCGUGAAGGGACUGUGAACCGCUGACGGCUGCCCGACCAGACUUGAGAAUGGUUGCGUGUCUCUGAUAAGCUUUCCGCAUGUGUAUCACCCUCCUCGUGGCAGCCUCUGUGAUUUGGGCAGCCACUUGCCCGACCUUGGGCUCGCCCUCCUUGUCUCUGGUGGCUGGGGAGGAUGGGGGUUGUAGUCCAAACGCCUCCAGAAAGUGCCAGGUGGGGAAGGUUGCUCCAAACGUUUUUGCUUCGUCUGCUUCGACAGGCUUUUCUUCUUCGCCGCGUCUGAUCCGUAAAGGAGUCGGCGUUUCCCUGCAGUUGCGCGCGUUCUUCCCAAAUAAAUAUUAAA